AUGAGCAAUGAUUCGCACGACUUCAUACCCGACCUCGCUGGAAAAGUCGCUAUCGUAACGGGUGGGUACACUGGACUCGGUUUCGGCACCAGCAUUGAGCUCGCAAAACAUGGCGCCCGGGUGUAUAUUGCCAGUCGUUCAGCUGCAAAGUUCAAAGAUGCGGAACUAGAGAUUAUUUCUGAGUGCCCACAGGCAGACGUGCGGUUUCUAAUGUUGGACUUGGCCAAUUUGAAUAAUGUACAGGAGGCAGCGGAGAGAUUUGCUCAACUGGAGUCAAGUCUUCAUAUACUCGUGAACAAUGCUGGCGUUAUGUGCAUUCCGUACAAGGAGACUAUAGACGGCUUUGAGACGCAAAUCGGGGUGAACUAUAUCGGCCAUUUUCUAUUCACCAAAUUACUCAUCCCGAUACUCCAAAAGACAGCAGGGAUAGCCGAAAAGGGGAGCGUGCGUAUUGUGAACGUAUCUAGCAACGGACACGCCAAACUCGCACCGAAGGAGGGCAUAAUAUUCUCAGAUAUAAAUAUGAAGAAUAAUUUCUCUGUCUGGGCCCGAUACGGCCACUCCAAACUUGCCAACGUUUUGCAUUCGAAAGUAUUAGCCAAGAGGUAUCCGAACAUUCUUGCGCUGUCGUUGCACCCGGGAACGGUUAAGACAAACUUAUCCACAGGCCCUAUCUCGUCAACUCCGCUUUAUCGGCUAAUAAAGCCUCUUGUCGAGCUGGGUGCGCCUGGUCCACGAAAAGGGGCAGCAAAUAUUCUUUUCGCCGCUGUAUCGCCGAGGCUAAGGUUAGAGUUUGACAACGGAGCAUAUCUGCUACCGAUUGGAAAGGUGUCAGCACCUAGUAAAGCGGGAUCAGAUCCGCAGAUGGUGGAAGAUCUCUGGGAGUGGACGAUUAAGGCCCUUGGAAGUCGAGGGUAUGAAUAG